AUGCCUCCUAAAAAGUCAGACCCUUCCAUCAGCAAAGGAAAACGCACAGCGAUCAGGAAGACUGCUCCUUCUGGACGUGGCGUGCGCAAACGAAAUGGGCCUACCGCUGCAGAAAAGCGAGCCGAGAAGGAAGCUGCUCGUGCGAGGGAGGAGCGUCGACUUCGCCGCGAAGCUGAAAUGGUCGAACUACCAACUCACCCCGAUGAUGAUCUGUUAGUGUUAUCCAUGACCCAAAGGACAAGCCGAAAGCGUUCGGCCAACAUGGCCUACGACGACUGCGAUAGGAGCAAGCGUCCCAAAAUCCUCAAAGACGGGAGCAAAAAGGUCUCGCGCCUCCUGCCUUGGGAGAAAGACAAAGGGCUCGAGCAGCCGCCUUCUCUUGACACCCUCAAGCUUGAGAGUUUUACCUCUGUCGGAGCUAUAGUUACUCUCAGCUGCCUCCCUACCGAGAUUCGCGACGAAAUCUUAAGGUACAUCCUGGUCUCUCCCCGUGACAUUGCAGUAUUCAGGGGCUGGACCCGAGUCUACGGACGUAGGGGACCUAAACUAGACCUCGCAAUCCUCUACACGUGCCGGGUCUUAUGGCUGGAAGGACUUCGUAUCCUAUUCGGCGAGAACGCUUUCCUCUACGACAUUCGCGAUCCUCCUGAUUAUCUGGAGACGACGGAAAGAAUCAUGGGCCGCGUGUUUCCCAAGGACAAGAUCCCCAUCGAUAAAUAUGGACAUCUGAUGCGUCACAUCAAGAUCAACGUCCCCGCGAACCGCCUGAAUAUUACAGUCAUUAGCAAUUUCUGCAGCGCUAUCCGCAAGUUCGUUCCUGGCCAUGGCCUAGCCGAGCCAGCGCAUCUUCACACGUUGACGCUCCAAAUACCGGCGGUACAAGUGAAGGAUAUGGGCUUUACUGAUUUGGUUGGGGAUCCCAACGAGGUGCCCGCCACUCGGUUAUUCAACCACUUCACCACCACCAGGGAGUCGCUUAUGCUUCUCAACGUCCAAUACCUCCGCAUCCUAGCCACAGAUAGCGACGCCAACUUGUACGAGAACAUAAUCAAUCUCCGAUGCCACUACAUGCAGAAACAGGCGCGGGAGGACAAGACUGGAGUCGCAGUCAAGGAUGCCGAGGGCGCCGAGGGCGCCGAGGCCUAUUUUAAGAAACAGGUCAAGAGUGCGAAGUCGCGAGUGUACAUGCUCAAAAUGGCCAUCGAAAAGCUAGCCAUACUCUGCCCGGAGGAAAGGGAUACGAUGAAGUCUGAGCCCUGGAAGUUCCUAGGACAGGAGGAAAGGGGGCGACACGUAGAUAGCAUGGAGAUGGAGGCCCUGCCAGACGACUGGUCUGAAGCCUCGGAGCCUGCUUCGUCUCGAGAAUCGAGAAGUUCAAGCGUCAGGCCCGAAUAUACGCAGGAGCAGUUGGCUAGAAUGAUCGCCGAAGACGACGAGUCGGAAACUUCUGAUGAUUCGGAUCAAGGGGUUGUCUCGUCUGAGUAG